AUGGCACACACCGGCGCUGCUGGCCCUGACAUUCGUGACGUACUUGGCGUGCAAGGAGGAAAUGAAGAAGCGGCCGCCACCGGAGCUCAAGGAACACGAGCGGUUGGUGAAGUUAAGUUUCCAGUCGUUGAAGAAGGUAAUUUAUAUGGCUUUAUCGAGCAUACGGGAGACCAGGAGCAAGGGAUGAAGUAUCUUUCUGAAGCAUACAACGCUACUAAGGACGUACAGAUCCCUCCCGAAAACGCGGUCUUGCGGGCGUGCUUGCACGGCGAUUUGUGCGAGAAAAUUGGCCAGCAUGCUUCAGCGUUACCGUACUACGAUAUGGCGACGAAAUAUAUCAAGGCAGUGGAGCCUCUUAGUAUCCGCUGUACCCUUGCGAUGGACCGGCAGGACGAGACCGCUCUCCUCCGCGAGCGCGCCCUUCGGGUUGUACGCACCUCGGAGGGCCUCCGCAAGAGAGAGACAAAGGUCAUGGAUCUGUUCGACGAUAGGGUGGCACUCUUUUCGAUGCGGGAGAAGCGUCGGCUCAAGCGCCAAGGAGGAUCGGAAGAAAUAUCAUUCACUGCGUCGAGUUGA